CGAACUCAUGGUGGUAACUGGGUGGCUCCUUGGAAUUUCAGUGAGAAGCCGUAAGAUAGGGUGGCCGAUGUUUCUUUAAGAGAAGCACCCACGUCGAACUGCGGAAGUUGAUCGCGCCGGCGGCAGAUUUUCAUUUGGCUGUGUUCUUGAACUGUUUGAUGCUGGAAGAAGAUUAGGCACUACAGAAAUGGCAUUUGCAGCACUGCGAUGCAUUCGAUCUCAAUCUUUGUUGCUUCACCCUGCUGCUUUGUUUACUCAAAGGAGGAGAGUUUUGUAUUUUUCUGUGAAAGCCUCGCAAUCCCAAACAGCAACUCAAGAAAAGAAAAGGCCUACAGCGAUUUCACCACAUUUUGAUAAACAGAUUAUUGAUCAAAUUUCCAAGAACUAUGAAGCAAUUAUUGGUAUUGAAACCCAUGUCCAGCUCUCCACUUUCACCAAGGCCUUCUGUAGCUGUCCUUACAAUUAUGGUUCUUCCCCAAACACUAAUAUCUGCCCCAUUUGUAUGGGGCUUCCAGGUGCCUUGCCUGUUUUGAACUCAAAAGUGAUUGAGUUUGCGGUGAAGUUGGGUCUUGCACUAAACUGCAGGUUAUCUUUCAACUCAAAAUUUGAUAGGAAACAGUACUUUUACCCUGACCUUCCUAAGGGCUACCAAAUCUCUCAAUUUGAUAUUCCAAUUGCGAGCGGCGGUUAUAUUGAUCUUGAUCUUCCUCUCGAGUAUGGUGGCGGGCAUAGGCGGUUUGGUAUCACCAGGGUUCACAUGGAAGAGGAUGCAGGAAAGCUGCUUCACUCUGAAAGUGGAAGCUACUCUCAGGUUGACUUAAACAGAGCAGGAGUCCCUUUGCUUGAGAUUGUUUCUGAACCUGACAUGAGAACUGGGAUUGAGGCUGCGGAGUAUGCUGCAGAAUUGCAGAAGUUGGUUCGAUAUUUGGGUGUAAGUAAUGGAAACAUGCAAGAAGGUUCGCUUCGGUGUGAUGUGAAUGUCUCGGUUCGUCCUAUUGGGCAGUCACAGUUUGGAACAAAGGUGGAGAUAAAAAACUUGAACUCAUUUUCAUCAGUGAGCAGAGCAAUUGAUUUUGAAAUUUCAAGACAAGUGCUUCUCCAUAGUCAAGGCCAAAGUGAUCAAAUUAUACAGGAAACCAGACUCUGGGAAGAAGGCGCUCAGAAAACAAUUACAAUGAGGAAAAAGGAAGGACUUUCUGAUUAUCGAUAUUUUCCAGAGCCUGAUCUUCCAGAAGUCAUCCUCACAAAAGAAUACGUUGAGAAUAUCGGUGAUUCUUUGCCUGAACUUCCCGAAACGAAGCGUAGAAGAUACGAGAGUAUGGGACUGAGCAUGCAGGACGUGCUUUUCCUGGCAAAUGACAUUAGUGUGGCUGAGUUUUUUGAUGCAACUAUUGCAAAGGGGGCCGAAGUGAAGCUGGCUGCGAAUUGGAUAAUGGGUGAUAUUGCUGCCUACAUGAAAAAUGAGAAGUUGGCUAUAAAUGACAUAAAGCUCACUCCCCAAGAGCUUGCUGAAUUGAUCGCUUCGAUAAAAAGCGGUACUAUUAGCGGAAAGAUCGGGAAAGAGAUUCUUUUCGAGUUGCUAGCUAAAGGUGGAACUGUAAAGGGGAUGAUUAAAGAGAAGGAUUUGGUUCAGAUUGCAGAUCCUGCUGAGAUAGAAAGAAUGGUGGACAAAGUAUUGGCAGAGAAUCCGAAGCAGCUCGAGCAAUAUCGCGGUGGCAAAACCAAGCUGCAAGGCUUUUUUGCUGGCCAGGUAAUGAAAGCAUCCAAAGGUAAAGCAAAUCCUGGGCUUCUAAACAAGAUCCUCCUUGAGAAACUGAAUGCCAAAAGCUGAUGAUUUUGUUCAACGGGUACGUAUAAUGCGUCGAGUUGCUCGAGCCGACGGUUAGUGUGUAAAAUAUUGAACCAGAAUUUGAUCUUCUUCUUUCCUUCAAGGUCUUCAGUAUGAAGAGGAACAGGGAGAGCUGCAGAAUUGCUUCAACGCUGAUAAAUUUUUGCUGAAAUUUCCUCUGAUGAAUUUUUUUUAGAAUAAAAUAUAAUUUUUUGCAUUUUUUUUACUAUUUUAAAUGUAGAAACGUGUCGGUGUCACUUGGAUCGAAAGAGCUAACCCUUCAUUCAAACGCUCACUUAUUAUCCCUUAUUUUCUUAGUGAAAGAUUGGAAAAGACAUCUCUUCAUCA